GAUUCUAUAGCAAAUAGGGACAAUUUCGUAAAUCGAUCCAACCAAAUACGCUCUAAAUAACGCCUCAAAAGGGAAGACUAAAACCCUACUGCUCCUUCUUCUGCUCUGCUCGUCCUACCAGACACAGCUCCUCUUCUGCUCUCCGUAGUUUGCAUUUGGAAGAAUGGUGAGAGUCAGUGUUUUGAAUGAUGCUCUUAAGAGCAUGUAUAAUGCUGAGAAGAGGGGUAAACGUCAAGUCAUGAUCAGGCCAUCCUCAAAAGUGAUCAUCAAGUUUCUUUUGGUCAUGCAGAAGCAUGGAUAUAUUGGAGAGUUUGAGUAUGUUGAUGAUCACAGAGCUGGCAAAAUUGUGGUUGAACUGAAUGGACGGUUGAACAAGUGUGGAGUUAUUAGUCCUCGUUUUGAUAUUGGAGUCAAAGAGAUUGAAGGUUGGACUGCUAGGUUGCUUCCUUCAAGACAGUUUGGCUAUAUUGUCCUGACAACAUCUGCUGGAAUUAUGGAUCAUGAAGAAGCCAGGAGAAAAAAUGUUGGAGGCAAAGUACUUGGUUUCUUUUAUUGAUCAGAGCUUUUGGGAUAAUUUUUGGAUUACCACUGAGUAGUUUAUCCACCUACCCAAAUUUACAUUUAAAUGUCUAUGUUUUCAAUAUUUUAUACUUAGUUAAACUCUUGCUUUGGUUGUUAUUCUCAGAUUCUGUUCUAAGCGAUUGGAGUUUUUGAGUGCCAAACCUUAAGUUGUUGCUUGCUAA